AUGCAAUCUGGUUACAACUACCCACGACCAGAGACGAACACCACGGGGCCAGGAAGCCACUUCAGUGCGUCUUCCAGUGUGUACUCACCGGUGGAGUCUGAAUUCCCCCACAAGCAGCAACAAGGACAGACCAGAGAGUCAAGACUCUCAUCUAUAAGCAGCUAUAACCUGCGUACCACGUCUAUACCUGAUAGAUCGUCUCCUAGCAUGAACAAGGACGAAAGUGUGCAGACAUUCCAAUCGUUUGUGACUGCUGAGAACGGCAGUAACUAUAGCUUCGAUUCGAUCAAUGAUUCGAUCCUCAAGGAUAAGGGAAGAAGCUUUUCAGAUGGAAGCGAAUUGGUGAGUGGCCGUCAGUAUAACUCUGAUACUACUGUGAAUAACAAAAAUACCGCAGAUGUUGACCCUGAGGCUACUUUUGAUGAGGAUGCUACGCCAGUGUUGCCCUACUCCAACCGCAAUAUUGAUCCCAUAGACGACAAGACGCCGUUGAUUGGCUACGAAGAGACCAUUUUCCCCUUGAACACUGGCACCAGUAGAGACAACUUGACGGUCCCAGGCCAGGAAGAGUCGACAACUGGAUUGGGACUUGGCGGAGGUACCAGAAAGUCUCUACUUCCUCAGCAGGAGUUGUCUAACAAAUUCAAACGUCUCUCUAUGACCUUGCAGCUGCUGAACCAAUUCACAUCUGGAGAGUCAGUACAAUUCAUUCAUUCCUUUCAACAAAAUGUAGAAAAGGUCAAUAAUGACCCUUCACGAGAUAAGAAGAACAGAACUAGUUACUACUACAAGAAGAUCAACGAAAAAGCUACUUACGAUGAUGAUGAUGAUGACGACAGUGUACACUUCGAGAAAGUUGCAACAAUCAGAGACAGAGACCAGCAGUCUCUUACAAGCACAGCCAGUAAUACCUCCAGCGUAUUAAGCCGAAAUUAUAGUCGCGAGCAUGGUAGUGACAAUCAUACUACUCCUUCAAACACAAUAACCAAGGUAACCCCAAAUAACCAACCGCAGCAACCUCAUUUGCAGCCCUAUGCCAACUUGGAGGAAAGCUCUGACGGGAAAAGUCUGUCUUCGAACUCAUUUAAUUUCAAUAGCGGUGAGACUUAUAGCAACGGAUCUUCUCAAAUACAGAGUGAAACAAGCUCGUACGUAGAUUUAAGAGGAUUAAGGAUUUCGCCCAAGAAGGCACAACAUGGUGCUUCUGGUCCACUAGCUAAUGUCACCACGCCAUCACCACCAAAGCAGGAUCAUAACAACGAUAAUGACAAGCUUCCUAUUCGUAAGGAUUUGGUUAAGAAAUUUGAAAAAAUCUCCCCUUCAAAUGGUUACUCGGACCAGGAAAAGAAUGAUUACUUGAUUAAAGUUGCCAAUCAAAAUGGAGGUAAAAGUAUGACCGAGAAAUACCCUAUGGGACUCAAUAUUUCAUAUACGGAUUCAGUUCUUGACCCGAAAAAUAACAAAUCAUUCGAAGCAGUGGAAGAAAGUGUUUCUGAUGAAAACGGUGAAGAAUAUGAAGAAGAAGAGCAAGAUACACAAAUUGAAGAGACUCAUAAUUCCAUUCAGAACGCUUACGAUAAUCGUAACUCGACUAUUUCUAGUGCCACUAAUUUUGAAGAUGAUGGAGAUGAAGAUUUAUCCACGUUGUUCGUUCGUGCUCUUCAUACAUUCGACUCAUCUACUUUGCAACUGGAGUCUGAUGUAUCCAUUUGUCUUUCAUUCGAAAAGGAAGAUUUAGCAUUUGUGCAUACGAUUGACGAAUCUGGUUGGGGAGAAGUUACCUUAAUUAAUUCUUUGAAAAGAGGUUGGAUUCCUAUGAACUAUUUUGCUAUUGCUGUAGGCGAUGAUGCAGACGGUGACACUAGUCAUGACUCUAAGGACGAUGAAGAUGAAGAAGAUGAAGAAAAGUCUGGAAAAUUACCCAAUUCUGUCUACCUAAAACCACUUUUUCAUGCUUGUGGAAAGUUCUUAAUGAACCCAUUGUCACAUAGAAACAGGAGAGAUAGGUAUACAUUUUCGAUCCGAGUAAUUAAUUCUAUUAGAGAUGGGGUUAGAAUUUUACUUCAAGAAACAGAUUGUCUUUCUAGGUCUAAUGAAAUUGUUACAAAGAGACCAGUUGUUAGAAAAUCUAGGAAAUCAUUGUUAGCAGAUUGGUACAAUCUAAUGUUGAAGGCUAACCAAUUUAAGGGAACAUCUAACUUUGCUAAAAUCGAAGUUUUAACUCUUAUGGUAUACCAAGUCAGUAGGAAAGCUGUCGAUUUCUUAGAAAUAUGGUCAACCGAGAGUAGACAAAUUAUAAAAAGAGAAAAUGAAAAGAAAUUGCAAAACGACAUGAAUAAUUACCCUCUUUUAUCAACCCCACCGCAAGCAAAGCAAAGAAUCACAGAGUUAAAUGGAUUACUUUAUUCCUACUUGGGAAUGAUCAUUGGUAGAUUGGAUCUCAUAGAACAUAAUCCAGUAGGGUGCGAGAUCUUGGAAAGUAUUACACAUCAAAUCAUCUUACUUCUAAGAGAGUUAUUAUUUAUUAGUAAAACUGGAAGUGAUUUCUCAAGUGAAAAACCUAGCGAUUUAGAUGGCUCACUUGAUACAUUAUUGAAUUUGGUGAGUGAUUUGGUUAGUGGUGUUAAGUGCUUAGUGGUCAAAACAUUAAAUGAAACAGAAGAAGAAAUGAAAUACAAUGGAGAAGAAAAAUCGAAGCAAAUUGACUAUUACUAUACUCAAGAAGGUGGUGAAUUGAUUCAAAUUGCAAGCAAAAUGAUCAAAUCUAUCAGUACAACAAUUUUGUCAAUCAGAGAAUUGUUAGAAGUCACUGGAGAUUUUAAGUUGAAUUCUGAGAGAGCAUAUCCAGAUUACUCCAAAAUGAAAAUUGAUCCUGAUGAUUUGAUCAAAAAAUGCUCCCUUGGAAUCGCGAAGGCUCAAGAUGUAAAGAACAGAGACUUAAAAGUGUUAAGAAAGCAAAUUCAUGAACAGCAUACGUCCACAUUGGGUGUUCCAGGCAACGAUUCAAAAAAUGGGAAAAACAAAGUAAGCAGAUACUCGAUGAUGAGAUCUGGAAAAACUGGAGAAUUAAGUUUUACUGAAAAUGGUGCUAAUAUUUUACACAACAUUUUAGUGACAGAUUUUGAUGGUUCUUCACCCUUUAGUAUUUCUAAUGCAGAAUUCGAGCCAUUCUCAAAUGAAGACCCUACUGCUCCUACUUCCGAGAGGCACAAUAUAAAAGAUGAGUUGUUAGUAGAUGGCCAAGGAAAUUUACUCGGGGCAUCAUUCAAGGGUUUAGUUUAUACCUUAACAAAUGAAUCAUCACCACCAGAAUAUUUCUUUGUGUCUACAUUUUUUAUCUGCUUUAGAAGUUUUGCCAAUGGUAUUGACUUAAUUGAAGAAUUAAUUACAAGAUUUGAUACUUCGCAGAAUCAAGCAAUCACUGGCGAAAGUGAAACUUCAAAUAUUAGCAGUGAAGUAAAAUUGAAAAAUAGACGUAGAUUGAUUGCAAAGAUGUUCCAGUUGUGGAUGGAAUCUUAUUGGAACCAUGAAUCAGAUUAUUCACUAUUAACGAUAUUGAUUAACUUCUUCAACGAAAGUCUUUCCUUAUAUUUGCCAUUGGAUGCUAUGAAAUUAAUUGAAGUAGCGGCAAAGUUGUCUUCAAAACCUUUAGUUGAAAACCAAAAGCCUAAUAAAAAGGCCAAAGCUGGAAAGCAACUAUUUAGCAGAAGUAUCACAAUUACUAGGUUGCAAAGGAAAAAUUCGAUUUCUGCUGUUCUAGUUGACAAUUCUGCAAGAUAUUCAAUGGUUGAUGGAUAUGAAUUAUCCAAGAUUAACACUAACUCAUCUACACAACAAUCAUUAGCCUCAUCUAUGGCUUUGCCAAUGCCAUUAGGAAUUGGCAAUCAAACAUCAUCUUCACAUACAUUACUUUCAAAGAGUCAAUUGGUUACUAUUGAAAAGGUUAAUCUAACGUAUAGAGCAAUUUUGGGAGGUUCUUGGUGCAAUCCCAAGUUUAUUGAUACGAAAAUGUUCGUUCCAUUGGAGCUAAGAGGCAUUUUACCAAAUUGGUAUAACAUAUGUGAUCAGAGUUGGGUUUUGUCAAACUAUAGACCAAAUCUUUUAGAUUUCAAUGGAUUGGAAAUUGCUAAGCAAUUAACAUUAAUUGAAUCUCAUAUAUUUUGCUCUAUUAAACCAGACGAAUUAUUAAAUGAAAAUUUCACUGCAAAGAGAGCUCAUUUGAAACUUGCACCUAACAUUCGCCAGUCUUUACUUUUCACUAACUGUUUGUCAGGCUACGUUUUAGAAUCGACUUUACAGCCAAAGAUCAACUUGAAGAUGAGGGUGAAUGUUGUUAAAACUUGGCUCAAAAUCGCAAUUUCGUGCCUUUACUUACGUAAUUUUAACUCUCUUGCUGCCAUUAUAACUUCCUUACAAUCACAUUUAGUCACAAGAUUAUCAAAGGUUUGGGUUGAAUUAUCGGUCAAAUAUAAGGACUUGUAUGAUUACCUUUCAGGGAUCGUUCAUCCCGAUAAGAAUUAUACUAUAUACAGAUCAAAGUUGAGGAAUUUCUUGGUUGCCAAUGAUUACAAUGUUCCAAUUGUACCAUAUUUCUCGUUAUUUUUACAAGAUAUUACAUUUGUAACUGACGGAAACCCAAAUUACAGAAAGGCUAAUUCGUUCUUAAAUCAGAAAUUGAUCAAUAUAGACAAGUACUUAAAGUUGACUAGAAUCAUUGCUGAUAUUGAAAGCUUACAAAUUCCUUAUACUGAGAGCCAGGCAAGAGCCACAUCCAAUUCACUCGCGUCAAACGCAAACAAGAGAAAUACAAUCUUCUCCAUUAGUAAACCUACUCCAGAUAAGUUUGAAGACUAUCAUAUUAUUCCUGUUCCCUCUUUACAGGAGCUUGUCUUACUUGAGCUUUGGAAAGUUUGCCAAUUGAAUAGAAAGGAAGAAGACAGGGCGUGGAAGUUAAGUUGUUUGAUUCACCCUAGGGAAGCUACCUGA